ACCCGGAACUGAGCAGUAUCUAUAUUUUUAUUAUCGAGAGCUUGGUGGCGACUGACUGUAGCGUACAGCCAGCUACAUACAGUAUGUCUAGAUUUUUUCUAUUACUUACCUUUACUGUUCUUUUUGAUUUGACCUUUUCUAUUACGUUCUAUCUACCGGUAAAUCUUAGAAAAUGUUUGCGGGAAGAGAUCCACAAAGACGUGCUGGUCACAGGCGAAUACGAAGUUAGCGAACAACCAAAUGCGAAAACCAAUCUCAAGAUUACAGAUUCAUCAGGUCACAUCUUGUACUCCAAGGAGGAUGCUUCAAAGGGGAAGUUUGCCUUUACAACAGAGGACUAUGAUAUGUUUGAGGUUUGCUUCGAAAGCAAAUCCCCCCUAGGUACUGGGAGGGUCACAGACCAGCUGGUCAAUUUAGACAUGAAGCAUGGUGUGGAGGCAAAGAAUUACGAAGAGAUUGCAAAAGUUGAGAAGCUGAAGCCCCUAGAAGUUGAACUAAGACGCCUCGAAGACUUGUCGGAGUCCAUUGUGAAUGACUUUGCCUACAUGAAGAAGCGUGAAGAGGAAAUGAGGGACACAAAUGAAUCCACCAACAUACGUGUCUUGUACUUCAGUAUCUUCUCUAUGUGCUGUCUAAUUGGGCUGGCAACGUGGCAGGUCUUCUACCUACGGCGUUUCUUCAAGGCGAAGAAACUGAUCGAGUAAAGCCAUCUACGAAGCGGGGACCAUGUUGAGGAAAUGGUGUGCAAUUUGUGAGAAAUUUAAGUUGGGUAGUAGCCCCCGUAUACAAUUAUAUUUAUUUCAGACUUAAGUUUUUUACUAGCCUCAUCUCAGGCACUGUUUUGAUUAGAAAUACAUUGGUUUGAGAUGUACUCAUGCAAUAUUGCAUGACAAUAAACACACUACAUUUGAGUGCACAAAGCCUCCCAUCACACAUUCAGCUAUUGUUAUGCAAAAAUAAAGUGUCCCCAGUAUGUCAGGUACAUGGUUGUGUUUUGUAAUAAGAAGGCUUUCACUCUGGGUGUCUUUCAUAUAGCUAUAAAGACUAUACAGCAUUAAAAGAUGAGCAAUUACAAUAAAUGUCUCAUUUAAUGAGAUCCUGUUUUUAAAUUAAUCUUUUAUCAUUUGACAAUGUUGGCACACUUAUCUAUUUCCAUAAAGUUCCCAGGCUUUGUACAUUCUUCUCAGUUUUCUGAGGUUUGGUCUCGGUGGUUCCUGUGAAAAACAAGAAAAUAUUGUUUAGCAAGUAAAAUUAAGCUUGGCAUAGAGCAAAUUCUGA